CGUUAGAAAAUUUUAUUGUUAGCCGACAUAACGUCUGAUGAAGAUGAUGAUAAUAUUACAGAAUACACAUCAAGUGAAUAUGUUGAACCUACGUCAUCGGAUGAAGGUGAGGAGGAGGAGGAGGAGGAGGAGGAGGUGGAGGAGGAAGAAAGAGAGGCAAGGAAGAGGAGGAUGCAGCGCAAGCGGUGAAUGCUGUAGCCGAUGUACAGUUUGUACCGGCUGAAAUGGUGGGGGUGAGCGCUGCCGAUGCACACGGAGAGGAGUUGCGGGCGGAGGAGAGCGAAGCCGUAAGGAGAGAAGCAGCAGCAGCGGUGGCUGCGGCGCCUGCAGCGGUGCAUCUUCAGGUGAAUGAGGCGAUGGAGGAGGAGGAGGAAGAUGAAGCAGUAGAGAGAGCGCAGAAUGAGCACGAUGCUAGAGCGGAAGAGGAUGAAGAUGUACCUGCCAAUAGGGAUUCUCAGCGCAUGUUUAAUGUUGACCACCUUCUUGCCACAUGUAUAGAGCCAACAGCUGCUGCUAAUAAUAUUCUACAGCGCUUGAUGGAACGAGCAGCUGAUGAAAACGAGAAUAUUAUUGAGUAUGCGGAGCAUCCACGUGUCAAAAGACGGCAACAAAUCCUCGACUUUUUGGCCCGACCAGUAGAACCCGAAGAAAUGCGGUACACAAGAAGAAGAAGCGCUGGAGGAUUGGUCACCGAGCAUUUUUUUAACAAGGGAAAUCCAAAAGAUCGUCAAAUUAAUGAACUUAUUCGACGUGGUCUCGAAGGAUUUGCAAAGUACCCCAGGGCUUUGAAACAAGAUAUCAUGCGUAUCAUGUAUGUUCGAAGAGCACAAGAAAUACGUUGGUUUUUCAAUGCUUGUAAAAAUAAAAAUUCCAUACUGUUAGACACUGAAAAUUUACCUGAAGUGUUUAAUCGCCUGGGACAGAGUUUUUCAGGACCACCAGAAGAAUAAUUUAAAAUUAAGAAAGUGUAAAAUAGGGUAUUCAAAUAUUUUGUAUUCAAUAAAUUUUUUCAGAACAUAAUCAUUCUAACGAUUCAUCUUGUUCUUCUUCUACAACCAUUUUUCCCUUAUCUACAUCAUCUUCGAACACCAAUACUUCUGUAGAAUCACAGGAUUACGAGGCCGAUGAAAGUGAUUUUUCUAUUCAAGUUGGUAGAGGACCAAGAAGAAGAAGAAUUGAAAAUUCAAGCAGCAAUAAUGAUUUGUCUGACUACGAACAAGAGUAUAAUUAGCCCAGUGAGGAGCAUGAGGAGGCGGAGGAGGAGAUCAGCGAGGAGGAGGAGGAGGAGGAUGAGGAGAGAAGCGAAACAGACGAUAAUAUAAAUUAUCAAGGAGUCGAUGAGGAAAGAGAG